AUGCCUCCAUACGUACCGCGCAAGCGAUUGCGCACCCCGCCACAAGACCGCGACAACCGGGUUACAAAAGAGCCAAGUAGGGGUAAGAGCACACCGAUAGCAUCCGUGCCGCCUCGCAAGAGUACUUUAUUCGAUGAUCUAGAUUCAAGCGCUAAGAAGGGCUCCGCUGAAAAGACUAAGUCGGUUAUACAACAAAUGCAUGAAGAUAACGAUGAUAGUGAUGAUAGUUCACUCACUUCUCUUUCAGAUGCUGAUUUCGAGGAUGUGCCGGCUACUAAGCGACAGAAAGUGAAUCAUGAUCCAAAGGAGUCGGAAGAUGAGGAUAUGGAGUUUGAAGAUGUCCCUUCCCAUGAGAUUCAGCAGCAGGAUCCAGAUUUGGGGGGUGAUUUAGAGUUGACAUUAAACCGAGAAAAUGAACUUCCAUUGACUAGCGAAAUGGGUAAGAAAGGGCCCUCGAAAAAAGAAAAGGCCAUCCGUAUUUCAAUACACUGUAUGCACAUUCAACUCCUACUCUGGCAUAACGCGAUCCGGAAUUCCUGGCUUUGUGAUAGAGAAGUCCAAGCUAUUAUGAUUUCACACUUGUCUCCGAGGUUAUGGGACGAGGUAGAUCGCUGGAGACGAAACAGCGGCUUAGACAUACCUGAAGACACCCCAAAGAAGCCUACAAAGGCUAAAGCUGAUCCAAAAGGAAAAGGAAAGGGGAAGCAACGGGCUUCAGUAUCGACGAGAAAUUGGAGCAACGCAGCAGACAGACUUGAAAAAGGCGUCCCUGACAUGAGUCAUGGUGAUCCUUUAUUAAGACUUAUGAAAUGUCUCGUGUCAUGGUGGAAGCAAAGAUUUCGAAUAAUUAGCCCUGGGUUGCGCAAAGUCGGUUACAUGAACGCCAGAAGACUAGGAAAACUAACUUCGAGCUUCGAAAAGGAAGGCGACGAUUCGAUUCGGUUUGGGGAACGGAUUAAGGAUCUCGAGGAGUUCAGACAGCGCGCUCAGGAUUGUACUGGUAGUCGCGACGUCGGAGCUCAACUCUUCACUGCGCUAUUAAGAGGACUUGGACUAGAAGCACGAAUGGUGGCAAACCUCCAACCACUGGGAUUUGGCUGGAGUAGGGUCGAAGAAGCAGAUGCUGAAAUCAAUGCCCAAAAGGCCCAAGAUGAUACAAGCACGCCUACCGAAUCUACGCCGAAGAAACCGAACGGAAAGAAGAAAAGGGUGAAACCAGCAACCCGUCGAGCAAAGAAGAAUGAUGAAAAUGCUCUAAAGAUGGACUUGGAUGAUUCGGAUGAAUAUGGCGAUCCGCUCACAGAUGAAAGUAAUGACGACUCAUCAGUAGUUGAUGUUACAGACACUGUUCGUCCAAAGCGGGCAGAAACAAAAGUUUAUGAUAAGGACCUUGAAUUUCCUCAUUAUUGGACUGAGGUUCUUUCCCCGGUAACGAAGGAAUUUCUUCCGGUGGAUCCCAUUGUGAAAUCGGUUGUCGCUAACAGUAGAGACCUAAUCGAAACCCUAGAACCACGAGGAGGCAAAGCCGACAAAGCAAAGCAAGUUAUGGCUUAUUGUAUUGGUUUUUCUCAAGAUGGCACGGCCAAAGAUGUGACGGUACGGUACCUCAAGAAGAACAUUUUCCCUGGUAAAACGAAAGGGUUUAGGAUAGUUGAAGAGAAAAUACCAGUAUACAACAAGCAUGGCAAGAUCAAGAGUUACGACCAGUUUGAUUGGUUCAAAUUAGUUAUGCGAGGUUAUACCCGGGGCGAUAGGAAACACCCAAUCACAGAAGUAGACGAGACAGAAAACUCCACUGAUCUCAUGCCGGCGAAGGCAGAGAAGAAGGAAGUUAAGGAAGGAGAAGAGACAUUACAGUACUAUAAGACUUCAAAGGAAUACGCCUUGGAGCGUCAUCUCAAACGCGAAGAGGCUCUUCUUCCCGAUGCUAUUCCUGUCAGGGUGUUCCGCAACAAAGGGAAGGCAUCCAAAGUUGAAGAGGAAAAUGUAUAUCUGCGAAAGGAUGUGGUGACAGUAAAGAGUGCCGAGACCUGGCACAAGCAAGGCCGAGCUCCCAUCGAAGGCGUCCAACCACUCAAGCAUGCUCCAUAUAGGGCGGCGACUACCAAUAGACGAAGGGAAAUUGCCGAGGCCGAAAGGGCAACAGGCCAAAAAGUCAUGCAACCCCUAUACAGCUUCGACCAGACAGAUUGGAUAAUACCUCCUCCUAUUCAGAAUGGCAUCAUUCCGAAGAACGAAUAUGGGAAUAUCGAUAUGUUUGCGGAGCACAUGUGUCCAGAAGGUGCCAUUCACGUCCCAUAUCGCGGCGUUGUUCGUGUAUGCAAACGAUUAGAAGUUGAUUACGCGGAGGCGGUUGUUGGGUUCGAAUUUGGUCAUCGGAUGGCUGUGCCCGUUAUCCAAGGCGUAGUCAUUGCCGAGGAAAACUAUGAGCGUGUAAUGGAGCAACUCGAGAAAGACGAGGCAGAACGGGCGAGGAAAGAAAAUGAGAAGCGGCGCAAGGAGGUUCUAUAUACAUGGCGGAGGUUCUUAAUGGGUUUACGAAUCGCAGAAAGGUUUAAGCAAGAUUAUGGCUAUCUGGAUGAGUCGGUGGAGGUAUUUGGCCACGCUCCCGACAAUGAUAAUGAGAAGGGCUUCGAGGCCAUGCGCGAGAGAGACGAGGACAUGGCCGGCGGAUUCUUACCUGAGGGGUAUGAAGAAGAGGACGCGGUCGAAGAGAAAGAGGUCCCUCGUCAAACCUCUGGGUUCUUCCCAGGUGGCGAUGAAGAGGAAGAUUCAGAUGACGGGAACGAUCCUUUUGAGGUAGACUACGGGAAGCAGAAGGACGUAGAAGAUCCUCCUAUCGAGGAGUCCCCCGAACCGGAAGUUCCAGCUAAAGUAGCACCUAAAAAGGCUGCUCCAAAGCCGAAAGCGAAACCGAAGCAGCCUGCGCGAAGGCGGACUCGAAGGAAGCUUGCGGUAUCUUCCGACGAGGACAAUGAGCAGGAUGACGAAUUCGUGGCUGAGGAUGAGGAUAGUGGUUAA